UUGAGUAAAGUGAGAAUGCAGCCAGCCACAGUGAAUGCGAGGUCUUGAGCGGCGCUACGGCUGGAUGGGUGAUCACCGACGGAGACGAUGUUUCGAUAGAGGAAGAUAACGGUUUUGACUGGUUUCUGUUGUUGUCCGAGGGUGUCGGCUGUUUCCCUUGACCUAAUGAAAACGACAGGAAUGCUCAAAAAGACGGAGGUGAACGCAAGCAGUUGGUUGCGUUAUUUGCCCCCCACCUACAGAUAGCCUGUCGGCACACAAACGAUGGAAACUCUCCUGGAGUGAGUGACAGUAUUCACGGGAUUGCUAGGAAACCGACAGUCAUCAAAAAUGAAUGGGCUUAAAACCAGACACGCAGCCCUCACCCUGGUCUCCUUUGUCAGCCUCCUCCUCGCCACAGCGGCCUUGGAGUCGCUGGUGCCACUGGCAGAUGAUGGGAACAGUACUACUAUGGCAUUGAAUAGUACGCUACUUGUAAACAACAGUACCGUGAAUGGGACAGCCUUGGACGGCGGUGCUGUCCCAAUGGUGCUAACGACAAUAACCCAGAUCAUCGCCCGGGAGGGCAACUGCGUCUUCAUCGACUGCAACAUCACCGGCGAGCCUUUCCCCACGGUGGAGUGGUUCAACUCUCAUGGUCAACAGCUGCUGGACACCGAAAGCAGCAAGUGGCGCAUCCUGGCCAACGGGGAGCUGAACAUCACCAGCAUCACCUUUGCGGAGCGCGGCCGCUACACCUGCGUGGCCUCCAGCCCUCUGGGCCGCGCCCAGGGCUCGGUGACGGUGCGCGUGGUCUUCACGCACGGGGACAUGGGCGUGUACUACGUGGCCGUGUGCCUGGCCACCUUCUCCAUCAUCAUGGUCCUCAACGUCACGCGCCUCUGCAUGAUGAGCUCGCACCUCAAGAAGACCGAGCAGGCCAUCAACGAGUUCUUCAGGACCGAGGGUGCUGAGAAGCUGCAGAAGGCCUUCGAGGUGGCCAAGCGCAUCCCCAUCAUCACCUCAGCUAAGACCCUGGAGCUGGCCAAGGUGACGCAGUUCAAGACGAUGGAGUUUGCGCGCUACAUCGAGGAGCUGGCGCGCAGCAUCCCCCUGCCGCCGCUCAUCAUGAACUGCCGCACGCUGGUGGAGGAGCUGCUGGAGGUGGUGGGCGUGGAGGAGAUGAGGCACACCUUCGUCAGGCAGGCGCCGGAGGGACACCACCUCACCAACCACCCCCACCACCUCCUCCACCACCACCCGUCAGCUGGCCUCGGCCCCUGUGGAGGCGCCUGCGGAGGCGCCUGUGCCGGGGCCGGAGCUGGCGGUUGUGUGCGGCUGCCAGGAGGUGGCGCUGGCGAAGGAGAUGUGUUCACUAUCCUGAGGGAGAGGGAGCGUAGCGGGUCGCCCACGGCCGAUUCGGAUGACGCGUCCUUGCACGAGCAGCCGCAGCAUAUGGCCAUUCAGGUGUCGGUGCAUCCGCAGCACAACGCGGCAUGCGUGGUGGCCCCGCCACUCGCACCCCUGCCCCUGCCCGCCGAGGGGGAUUCAGAGCCGGAAGAAGAGGAGAAGGAGAUUAAGAAAGAGGAGGAGCAAGAGAGUGAGAACAAGGAGGAGGAGGAGGAGGAGGAGGAGAAGAAUGUGGAGGUGGAGUCUUCAGGAGGAGAAGGAAGGGCGGAGGGUGGGGCUGUUGGCAUGGCAACACAGGCGGCACCGCAGGUUAUCUAUGAAAGCCAUGUGUAACCAUGACGAGGAUGACAUCAAACAAAACAGCGACCCCCCCCCCAACUGACCAAUCGUGCGGCCUGACCCACCGCCGUUGGAGAAAAAGGGUGGAGAUUGUCUUCGCUGCUAUGCAUUUCAAAAAGAAACAUGUUUGGGUCGCAAAAAAACAAUCUCUUGAAAACACUUUCUGCUGUGUCUUUUUUUUCGUUGUUGUUUUAUUGUUUUCCUUUUUUCAUUUUAAUUCCAACAUGCUUUCAGGAAGAGGAUUUGAUUGACAACAACAAUGAAAAGAAAAAGGUUCAAUGACAGAGUUGGGACAUUUUUGUGACAUUUCUCUCUUUUCUCUUCAGUUUUGUUUCUCUCUUCAUAAUUUCAGGAAUAUUCGUGUUGAAUGUAUUAGAGAUCGGUUAGAGGAAGCCUCUUUGAAAAAAAAGCCUCGCACCUCAAUAUAGGUAGGUCUCCACAUGGUUGAAUGUCCCAACUGGAUGUUACGACACAACAGGUCAACACAAUCUCAUUUUUGGUGUUACGAAAGUAUUAUUAUUUAGUUUUGAUUCUUACGUUUUAUGAUUUUAUUCCUCAGCCUGUUACAUCACUUAAGUUACAUUUUUCCUAAUAGUUGAAUUUGUUAUGAAAAUUUUAAAAAAGCACAUUUUAAGGGUAUGAAAUGAAAUCAAUAAAUGCAGAAAAGAAAGAACCACACAAGCCAAAUCCAAAUGAGCCAUUAGUGAACAAUCUCCACCUCAAGGAGCUUGACCAUGUCCUUUUGAUAUUUGACCUUGACUGCAUGUCAAAACGCAUGUGCGCUCAGCUUCAGAGAGGACUCCAUGACUUCAGACCAGAAAUGAUCUUUUAAAAAUCAUUUAUUGUUUUCGGUGUGCAGUUGGUAAGUUGGUCUUCAAUCAAAAUAUUACCUGACCAAAAGGUUUUUGCUUUGUUGUCAACACUGGUUUGAUUUUGACCCUGUGACUUACUGGAUGGAUGAAUUAGCCUUGGUUUUUACUUAAUGGAACACUCCACCAUUUUUUGGAAAGAGGCUCAUUUUACACAUCCCUUCGAGUUAAAUAAUUGAGUUUAACCUUUCUCCUGUUCUUCGGGUGAUAUUACUGAUUAGCAUGUAUCAUUGAACCAAAUGGGUUAUACAAGAAUAAGAGAACGAACGGCUAGAGGAACAGGAGACAAGAACAAUCAUUUAAAGGGACACUGUGCAGGAAAUGGUCAAAAAAGGUACUGCAACUAUGCUGCUCAUUGAAAUUAGGCUGCCUAUUGCCAAAUUUGGUCUUUAAAUGAAAGUUUUCUAAGUAAUAAACAAAUAUUUUCUAGUUUGGUCCAAGCAGAGUCAUUUUUGCAGCUAAAAAUGGCUAUUUUUGGAAAUUCAAAAUGGCGGACCAUGGAGAAGAUCCCCCUUUUCAUUUUUCCAGUCAUAAUGAAUACUUAGAAUUUGAUGGUGGUGGUAAGUAUUCAUGAAAAAGGUAACAUUAGUGAAUGGGCAGCAUGAAUUCUGGAAAUAAACAACUAAAAAUCACACACAGUGUCCCUUUAACUCAAGGGAAGGUGUAAAAUGAACAUAUUUCCAAAAAAAGGGGAGUGGUCCUUUAAAACCUCCCGAGAGUUCUCAUACGUCAUCCACACAUUGAAUCACCACAGUAGCCCACAUAUUAUUAUUAUUAUUAUUAUUAUUAUUAUUAUUAUUAUUAUUAUUAUUAUUUCACUUUUGAUUAUCGUUAAGCUAUUGUUAGCUUUUUUUAAAUUCUCCUCCCUGCCUUCUUAGCUUCCCUGGUAAGACAUUCGUGACCAUACAUGGUUGUGCUCAUUUUUAAUUAUUAUUUUAUUUGAUUAUAUUUCUAUUUUGUUUUGUUUUUCGCUCUGCACUCCUGUGUGGCCUCCUGACUGACUGUUGCAUGCCGUAGUAGGGAGAAGAGGUGUGUGACGGGGAAGUUGGGGUGGGCAAGACCUGCGGGAAACUGGCCCCCCCUCAGACCCAAAAUGCUGAAAUAACACUGCAGAUUGUUUGUGCUAUGUUUGUGUUGGGUUGUGCUGUAAAGAAAAAAAAAAUCGAUUGUGCUAUUCAUAAAAUAAUCGCAUAAUAAUUGCAUAAUAAUAAAAUGAAACGGCUGUAACUUAACAAGACAAGUGAUUGAAGCGUUAAUUUUCACAGCACAAAUGAGCACAAACAAAUUCCCUUCGAUUGAGACUACUCUGGAGAAAUUUGGAAGUGGAGGUGGGGCUGUGUGACGUCACAGGUCAGAAAAUGUAUUAAAAGUAUGAGUAUUUGAGUAUUUAAAUUACUCAAAAGCCUUAAUAGCACAAACAAAAAUGUUUACAGCACAAUUCAGCAUAAACAAUCUGCAGUGUUAUUUCAGCAUGUUGGGUCAGAGGGGGGGCCAGCUUCACGCUGGUGUGGGCAAGGGCUUUGGGGUAUACUAGAAGGAGAGAUUCUAAAUCUCUUCUUAUAAAGUCUAAGAAUUUCCGUGUGAUUUGUAUAUCAGAUCGGGAAAGAAAAUCUUUUGAGGGGGCUUUCAAAACCAGACGGAGGGUAAAGGUGAUUUCAUUUGCUGUAACUUCCUGAGAUGCCUCGUUGAAUUUUUUUCCCCCUUUCUCCUGUUUUGUAGUGGAAUUAAAAAAACAGAAACAAACUGCUGUGUUUUAAAAAAAAACAACAACUGACUUGUGUAAUUAUUAGAUUGAUUAUUGUAAUUAUUGAAUUGUUACUCAAAGAUCUCUUGUGUGGCAGGUUCUGGGAUCAAUAAAGUUACACUACUAAGUCAA